CAGAAUCAACACUGCGGUCUUUACGUCUGACAGCUCUGGGCGGAGAAUACACCAACCAGCUAUAGUAAUUGCUUUGGGAGGCGAGUUUCCAUGUUGAUAAGGCUACCUGUUUGGAGAUUAUAGCCUGAGUUGCGGAUUACGUCUAAACGGAGAUCACCAGAAGUUUGCUGGAGAUGAGAUGAAGUUUCGCCCUGUUCAGCUUGUGUUCCUUCUCCCUCUUGGAUUUUUAUUCUCAUUUACUUGGAUUAAUUCGAUCCCCAAACAGACAGAUUCAUAUGAGGAAAUACAGAGUCUUUACAAACGUCUGCUGAAGGCUGAAGCAGCGGGAGUGCGGGUCAACCUCGAGCUGCAAAGGGCUCUGGAACGCCUGGCUAACUUCUCAACCACCAAGGUGCCCAGCACUGCCCCAGGCCAUCCAAGACAGGAGCUGGCCUCUUCAGAUCUGCCCCAUACUCUUCCCCUGCCCAACAUCUUCAGCUUCCUGCCUCACCUAAAGGAGCACGUGGACGGCCUGACCCCCAACAUCGUCCUGGGACAGGGGCGGCGUGGGGUUUCCUUGGUGCUAGGUGUGCCAACAGUGAGGCGGGAGAAGCAAAGCUACCUGAUCAACACUCUGAGCUCUCUACUCUUCAGCCUAACGCCCUCACAGUGCGCAGACCUCCUCAUCAUCAUCUUUGUUGCAGAAACCGAUCUGGAGUACGUGCAGACUGUGGCGGACCUCCUCAUCAAGAGUUUCCCCGCGGAGGCCAGCGCAGGGCUGCUGGAGGUGGUGUCCCCCUCUCAGUCCUUCUACCCAGACUUCACCACGCUGCACGAAACCCUCGGGGACUCCAAGGAAAGAGUCAAAUGGAGAACCAAGCAGACUUUGGACUUCAGCUACCUCAUGCUUUAUGCUCAGGAUAAAGGAAAAUACUAUGUUCAGCUUGAAGAUGACAUUGUCGCGACGACCGACUACUAUGGCAUGAUGCAGAGAUAUGCCCUGCAGCAAGAGGCAGACCCAUGGCUUUUCCUGGAGUUCUCACAGCUUGGUUUCAUAGGCAAGAUGUUCCACACCCAAGACCUCACGAUGAUAGUUGAGUUCUUUCUGAUGUUCCACAAAGACAAGCCCAUUGAUUGGCUGCUAGACCACAUCCUGUGGGUAAAGGUCUGUAAUCCGGAGCGAGAUGAGAAACACUGCAACGCACAGAAAUCCUUAAUCAAACGCCGACACAAGCCCUCUCUCUUUCAACACGUGGGCCUGCACUCUUCUCUGUCUGGAAAGGUCCAGAGUCUCAAGGAUAAGGACUUCAGUAAGCAGGUGUUCAGGGCCCACAGUAACCCCCUGGCCCAAGUGUCCACCAGCCUGGCCCACUACAAGACGCACACCCUGGGGGGCCUCUACCUGGGACAGGGCUUCUUCUGGGGGCUCACGCCCGUCCGGGGGGACCACGUCACCAUCCGCCUGGCCCAGCCCGCCCACGUCAAACGAUACCUGUUCCGAAGCGGCAGUUUUGAGUCUCAUCUCGACAAAUUCUACAACACCACGGUCGAAGUGCUGCCAAGAAAUGCGUCAAUGUCCACGGAAGUGUCUGUUGGCUCCCCACCUCAAUACAUUGGAUCAGAUGGAUUCAUUGUUAUCGGUGAUUUUCAGGCUGGGGUAGCAGAGGGCCUGGUUGACGAAGCGCUGCAGCCCGUCUCUGCACUGCGUCUGAUGGUGAACGCCGAUUCGGAUGCCUGGGUGCUGCUCAGCGAGGUACGCUGUUCUCCUGUUCUGAGCCUCUUCCUGGCUUUGCUCCGUGCUAAUCGUCUCUUGUCUUCUAGCUGUCCAUUGAAGUUUGACGCCCAUUGAGGAAGGAAAUGAAAGCAGCCCUGCUACACCGAUCCACACGGCCCUGGUCGGAACCAAUGGUCCAGAACACUGAGUUAGGGUAACGGUUUGUUAGGGUUAGUUCCCUGGUGAGAGCAUACGGUCCACUCCAGAAGAGGGUGAGUUAAGGUUAGUAAGGGUUACGGUUCGUUAGAGUUAGGGUUAGUUAGGGUUAGGGUUAGGUUUGCUUAGGUUUAGUAAGGAUUGAGGUUAGUUCCCUGUGGGGAACAAUUGAUCCAGAACACUCCAGAAGAGCGUAAGAGUUAGUUAGGGUUAGAGUUAGGGUUAGUUAGGGUAAGUGGUAGUUAGGCUAAGUGGUAGUAAGGGUUAGUUAGGGUUAGUUCCCUGGUGGAAACCAAUGAUCCAGAACAUUCCAGAAGCCUGUAAACCUUCAACCAACAAUACUAGAUUUCUAUGACUCUUACAUUAAGUAUAUAUUUAUUUUGAUAAUAUAAAUUUGACUUUUUUUAAAAAAAACAUUCAUGUCAUGUAAUGAGUAUAAUGUAUUAAGUUAAAGAUGACUAAAUACAUUCAGUAUUAAAAUAUAUUUUUGUAACAUAAAAAACCAAGCCUCUACUGGAACAUGGUAUCCUACUAAGUGGGCGGUGUUUAAGAUGUAUAUUUAACUGAGAAAGAAAGUGCUUUGUUUGUUGUCAAAAUAAUAAAAUCAGAAUCCAGAAA